AUGAAUACGAAUGUUGUGCCAAUUCAACCUACUACGCAAAGUAACGUACAAAUGAAUGAAUGUGAAUUUUUUCAUUAUGCACCAAAUGAUGAUAGAUUCUAUCAUAUAACUUGCCAAAUUAUUUUACAUGGUUCUGUCUCCUUGGAUAAUCACAAUUAUGAUCAUGGAGUUGAAUAUUUUACUAAUAAUGUCAUUAAUCCACGACAAGAAGUUUUCAUUAAUAUUCCACAACAAGUUCCUGAUGGAUUACGCUGUAAUGAAAAUACAAAUACAUUUUGUGGAAAUGUCGGGAAUAAUGUAAUGAAAACACAAGCUGUUUCAAUCGCCAAUAGUCAAACCAAUAGUUUUCUUCAACCCAAUAAUCUCCUUUCGGCAUCUGCAGCGCCACAAAAUGUUAGUACUUAUCAUAUCACUGGUUCACCUCAACAAAUUGAUUUCAACAAUAUUCCACAACAAAUUAUUGAUAGAGAAAUGAGAUUGAAUUGUUAUAGAAAUGUAAAUUCAUUUCAUGGAAGUAUACUAGCGAAUAAUACACAAUCUGUUUUGACAACAGAUAUUAGUCGAAACUAUGGUAAUGAUCUAAAUGGAACUAGGCAGCGAGUUGAUCCCAACAAUAAUUAUGGGGACACAGAUUCAAACAAUAGAAAUAUUGGGAAUAAUAUAACGACAACGCAUGCUAAUGGCUUAACAUGCGAUCACCAGACUUACCAAGUUAAUUAUGGGGGCACAGAUUUUCAUAAUGGAAAUACUGUAACGACAAUGCAAGCUAAUGACUUGACAUGUGAUCACCUGAAUAUAAGUGACAAUCAUAUACAACAUCAUCAACAAUGA